GACCUUCAUCCAUCUCCGUCCAUCAGCAGCCGUAGGAGAGAGAACAACCGCGGACCACUCAAACAGCGGCGUCGUUAUUAGGCGUUCAUUUUGAGACUUUUUUAUGCCUUAGCCUGGAGGCAGGCGUAAAAUACAAGCGGAGCGGAUGUGCAGAUUAACUGAAUAAAUCUCCCUUGAUGUGGAUAUAUUUUUUUUUAAAUAUCUGGAUAAAUAUCAUUGGUUGAUUUAACGGGAAAUUAUAGAGGAGAUCAAGCAAGGAGCCGCCGGUCCCAGCCGAACACCGGGAACCUGUCCAGUCGGCCCAGACUCCGGUCUCCCCUUUGCUGCUUCUAGCAUGAUGUCUUACCUCAAACAGGCCCCGUACGGCAUGAACGGACUGGGCCUGAGCGGAACCGCCAUGGACCUGCUGCACCCGUCCGUGGGAUACCCCGGCAAUCCUCGGAAGCAGCGGCGGGAACGCACCACCUUCACCCGUACGCAGCUGGACAUCCUGGAGUCUCUGUUUGCCAAAACACGCUACCCAGACAUCUUCAUGAGAGAGGAGGUGGCGCUGAAAAUCAACCUGCCCGAGUCCAGAGUUCAGGUGUGGUUCAAGAACAGGCGAGCCAAAUGUCGGCAGCAGCAGCAGAGCAACAACAGCGCCAAAGUAAAACCAAUGAAGAAAAAGUCGUCUCCAACCAGGGAGAGCACUGGCUCCGAGAGCAGUGGCCAGUUCACUCCGCCGGCUGUGUCCAGCUCCUCCUCUUCCACCUCUUCCUCCUCCUCCUCCUCCUCUUCCUCCGCCGUCUCCUCCGGUCUCAGUGGCCCUGCUUUAAUCAGCACUUCUACCUCCAUCACUGCGCCGGUCUCGUCCAUCUGGAGCCCGGCACCCAUCUCCCCAGCCCCAGCGCCGACCAAUCUGCCCGACCAGGUUGCCCCUACCAGCGCAUCCUGCAUGCAGCGCUCUGCAACCUCCUCUGCCAGUGCAGGAGCGACUUCAUAUCCAGUGUCCUACAGCCAAACAGCAGCGGCGUACAGCCAGGGUUACCCCGCCUCGGCAUCGGGCUCCUAUUUCAGCGGUGUGGAGUGUGGUUCCUACCUGGCACCCAUGCACUCCCACCACCACCCGCAUCAUCCGCACCAGCUCAGCCCCAUGGCAGGCUCUUCUAUGUCAGGACACCCGCACCCCCACCACAUUGGCCAAACAACGGGCCACCAUCACCACCACCACCACCCAACGCACCAUCACCAGGCAUACAGCGCCCCUGGAUUGGCCUUUAACUCCACGGACUGUCUGGAUUACAAGGAGCAGACUGCUGCUUCAGCCUGGAAGCUCAACUUCAACGCCACCGACUGUUUGGACUACAAAGACCAGGCGUCUUGGCGUUUCCAAGUUCUGUGACUGGCUUCGGCCCUGGCUUGGUGGGUUUAAAAACUUUUUCUUUUCUUUUUUUUUUUUGUAAAUUGUGAUUUAUUUUGAAGAUCCUUCAAUAUACCAGUGAAGACACUUUUAAAAAGGUAUUUGUGAACGAACUGAAACCAUGCACUGAGCAGCCGAACGUCAUGUUCGGCCCUGCUGUUAUAGGUGGAGCAGCGCUCCCACAAGUAUUUUUUUACUACAGAAUCAAGAAGAAAAAAAUACACUUAUUUCCAACUGAAGGCCUUUAACAGGAAAAACCCUCUGGAGGUUCACACAUUCUGGGAUCACCUUUCUGAUUGUUCCCUGAAAGAAAAGAAAAACAACUUGCCACUAUAAACACACAUGAGAAGGGAUGGAAGUCAGGGGGAUCACUCAGUACAACGGGCUAAGAUCUGAUUUUCAACAACGGGAUGCUGCUAGGAUUUUCAGGUUGCUGACCCACUGAAUCUCACUCAGAAACUCCAUCUUGCAUUCUGCCAGGGAGUGUUGGAGACUGAUUUGCAGCACUUGUUUGGGAUUGCCACACUUUCCUGGUUGCUCUUUGCAAGGGAAAGGAAAAUGUGAAUUUGUAUCACAAUGUCAGAAUGCUGUAGAGAUCCUAAAAAUGUACAUUUGUGUCUUUAUAAUAAAGUCUUGUUGAAACCUCGA